AUGUCAAGAGUCGAGGCGUUUAGGGACACAAACCUCCGCUCGCUGCUGAGGGAGCUGCGAACUGACAUCGCUAUGGCUGUGGAUGACCCUUUCCCCCUGGUCUAUGGUUUGGCGGACAAAAACAUCAUCACAGAGCAGCUGCUGAAGGAGACUCUGGAGAAAGAGGCUAGAGAAGGCAUCCACAAGGCCAUGUACUCCCUCCUGUCCUGGGUGUUGGAGCAGAGCAGAUCCACUGUCCAGGCCUUCUUGAACAACUUAUCCAAAGACUAUAAUCUGGACAGCUACCCCAGGCUGCAGACCCUGCUCACUAACCUGGAUUCCCGAAGGGAGACUGCAGGUUCCAAACAUGAAAACAGACCAUCUGGAGGUCACAAACCUCCUCACAGUAAGAAGAGGAGCCAUGCGGAUCGAGAACUGAGCUCCCAGCGGUCACAGUAUCAUGCCAAGACAACCGAUGGAGGAGGAAGUAAAGUGAAGCUCUACAGAGUGAAGAGUGAAGCUCCUGGCUCCAAGCUGCCAUCUGAAAACAGUGUGCAAGUACUGUCUUCCACAAUCCAGAGAGGAGUCCACCUGCCCUCUUCAUCCUCGUCCUUCUCGGUUCCCUCCACGGAUCCCCCAGUCAACCAUGAUAACCAAGAAAAGGUGCAUGUUAUGCAGGCAUAUUGUUUGGAAGGGGCCACCAGAGAGCCCAUUAAAGCUGGUGGGGGUCCGUCAGAGGAGACAAAUGCAUCAAAGUCCAAGUCUGCUAAGAGCACAUUUCACCACCAGGUGGAGACAGCCACACGCAUGAUUCAUUACAAUGAUGAUGAGUGUACAGUGUGUAAGGAUGGAGGGGAGCUGAUCUGCUGUGACGGUUGCCCUCGAGCUUUUCAUCUGGCCUGCCUUGACCCUCCACUCUCGUCCAUACCAAGUGGCUCUUGGCAGUGUGAGUGGUGCCGUGGACACAGGGUGAAAAAAGAGAAAGCUCUCUCAGCUCAUCCUCAGCAAACAAACACAAACUGCAGUAACUCCAUCACCGAUGUCUCAUUCUACUCAUCGCUGUCAUCCUCCCUCACAAGCAUUACGGCGACGACGAGUGCGUCAGGUGUCAGAAACCAGUGCUCGGGUGGAGAGCUGGUUGGCGUGAGGGAGGUGUGCGGUAUUUGCCACCUCGGAGGAGGAGAUUUGACCCACUGCUUUCAGUGUCUGAAGCAUUUCCAUCUUGCACCUCUGGCUCAAAACACACUUAGUCAUGAUCAAAGCGCCUCCCUCUCUGAGCCCAUCCACCAUAAAGAUGAACUGGACUCCAUCCUGGGGGACAGCUCCAUUGAUGGCAUCUUACAGUGGGCUUUCCAUAACAUGUCUCGUCCUCUUCCAGGCUCUCAGGGAUGCUACCAGUGA